AUGACUGUGAUCCUGAUAUUGAUCGUGGUCCAUGAUUCCCGUGUUAAUCCUGAUCUGGGUGUUGAUCCUAAUCCCAGUCCCUGUGAUCCAGGUGUUGAUUUUGAUCCUGGUAUCUCUAAUCCCAGGCUCUCUAAUCCCGGUAUUGAUCCUGAUCCUGGUUCCUCUGAUCCCAGUGUUGAUCCUGAUACCGGUCUCUCAAAUCCCAGUCUCUCUGAUGCCAGUCUCUCUAAUCCCGGUAUUGAUCCUGAUCCUGGUCCCUCUGAUCCCGGUGUUGAUCCUGAUCCUGGUCUCUCUAAUCCCGAUGUUGAUCCUGAUCCUGGUCCCUAUCCCGGUUCCUGUGAUCCCAGUCCCUCUGAUCCCUGUGUUGAUCCUGAUCCCAGUCUCUCCGAUCCCGGAGUUGAUCCUGAUCCCGGUUUCUCUGAUCCCAGUCCCUGUGAUCCCGGUGUUGAUCCUGAUCCCAGUCUCUCUGAUUCCGGUCCCUGUAAUCCCGGUGUUGAUCCUGAUCCCGGUCUCUCUGAUCACAGUCCCAGUAAUCCCGAUGUUGAUCUUGAUCCCAGUCUCUCUGAUCCCGGUCCCUGUGAUCCCGCUGUUGAUCCCGAUCCCAGUCUCUCUGAUCCCGAUUCAAGUCUCUCUGAUCCCACUCCCUAUGAUCCCGGAGUUGAUCCUGAUCCCAGUCUCUCUGAUCCCGGUGUUGAUCCUGGUCCCAGUCUGUGUGAUCCCGAGGUUGAUCCUGAUCCCAGUAUCUCCGAUCCCGGUGUUGAUCCUGUUCCCAGUCUCUGUGAUCCCGGGGUUAAUCCUGAUCCCAGUCUCUCUGAUCCCAGUUUCUGGGAUCCCGGUGUUGAUCCUGUUCCCAGUCUCUGUGAUCCCGGUGUUGAUCCUGUUCCCAGUCUCUGUGAUCCCGGGGUUGAUCCUGUUCCCAGUCUCUGUGAUCCCGGGGUUGAUCCUGAUCCCAGUCUCUCUGAUCCCGUUGUUGAUCCUGAUCCCGGUGUUGAUCCUGAUCCCAGUCUCUCUGUUCCCAGUCUCUGUGAUCCCAGUGUUGAUCCUGUUCCCAGUCUCUGUGAUCCCGGGGUUGAUCCUGAUCCCAGUCUCUCUGAUCCCGGUGUUGAUCCUGUUCCCAGUCUCUUUGUUCCCGGUGUUGAUCCUGUUCCCAGUCUCUCUGAUCCCGGUGUUGAUCCUGAUCCCGGUUUUGAUCCUGAACCCAGUCUCUCUGUUUCCAGUCUCAGUGAUCCCGGUGUUGAUCCUGAUCCCAGUCUCUCUGAUCCCAGUCUCUCUGAUCCCGGUAUUGAUCCUGUUCCCAGUCUCUCUGAUCCUGGUGUUGAUCCUGAUCCCAGUCUCUCUGUUCCCAGUCUCUCUGAUCCCGGUGUUGAUCCUGAUCCCAUCUCUCUGUUCUCAGCCUCUCCGAUCCCGGUUCUCUCUGAUCCCGGUGUUGAUCCUGAUCCCAGUCUCUCUGUUCCCAGUCUCUCCGAUCCCGGUGUUGAUCCUGUUCCCAGUCUCUGUGAUCCCAGUGUUGAUCCUGAUCCCAGUCUCUGUGAUCCCGGUGCUGAUCCUGUUCCCAAUCUCUCUGAUCCCAGUGUUGAUCCUGAUCCCGGUGUUGAUCCUGAUCCCAGUCUCUCUGAUCCCAGUCUCUCUGAUCCCGGUGUUGAUCCUGAUCCCGGUGUUGAUCCUGAUCCCGGUCUUUCUGUUCCGAGUCUCUCCGAUCCCGGUGUUGAUCCUGUUCCCAGUCUCUCUGAUCCCGUUGUUCAUCCUGAUCCCAGUCUCUGUGAUCCCGGUGUUGAUCCUGUUCCCAGUCUCUCUGUUCCCAGCCUCUCCGAUCCUGGUGUUGAUCCUGAUCCCAGUCUCUCUGUUCCCAGCCUCUCCGAUCCCGGUGUUGAUCCUGAUCCCAGUCUCUGUGAUCCCGGUGUUGAUCCUGAUCCCGGUGUUGAUCCUGUUCCCAGUCUCUCUGAUCCCGGUGUUGAUUCUGAUCCCAGCCUCUCUGAUCCCGGUGUUGAUCCUGUUCCCAGUCUCACUGAUCCCGGUGUUGAUCCUGAUCCCGGUUUUGAUCCAGAUCCCAGCCUCACAGAUCCUGGUGUUGAUCCUGAUCCCAGUCUCUGUGAUCCCGGUGUUGAUCCUGAUCCCAGCCUCUCCGAUCCUGGUGUUGAUCCUGAUCCCAGUCUCUCUGUUCCCAGUCUCUGUGAUCCCGGUGUUGAUCCUGAUCCCAGCCUCUCCGAUCCCGGUGUUGAUCCUGAUCCCAGUCUCUGUGAUCCCGGUGUUGAUCCUGAUUCCAGCCUCUCCGAUCCCGGUGUUGAUCCUGAUCCCAGUCUCUGUGAUCCCGGUGUUGAUCCUGAUCCCGGUGUUGAUCCUGUUCCCAGUCUCUCCGAUCCUGGUGUUGAUCCUGAUCCCAGUCUCUCCGAUCCCGGUGUUGAUCCUGAUCCCAGUCUCUGUGAUCCCGGUGUUGAUCCUGUUCCCAGUCUCUCCGAUCCCGGUGUUGAUCCUGAUCCCGGCCUCCCUCCUCCCCCAGUGGGAGGGUUCCCGCUCUGUUUCCGGGGUUAG